GAGAGGGAGAGAGGGAGUGGGAUGCUGCCGAUAUCGAUGGCAUUAACAAUGGAGCAUUAGGAUCCAGUGAGGGGAUAGUCAGCCAGACAAAGGCUGAGGGUGAAGAUAUUUGAGGAGGAGGGCUCCUCCUCUGUGAGCACAGUGGGAGGAGGAGGAGGAGGAGGAGGAGGAGGAGGAGCAGGAUGGGCCCGAACACACACUUGCAAUGGCACUGAAAAAAUUGGAUUAAAGCAGUAUGCUGGACAAGAGCGAGGUGGCAACUCUAGGCAUACCCUCCACCACCAGCCAUGGAGGCUCUGACAGUAACAUUAGUGCGGAUGGGGCGGCGGCAGCGUCUGGGGUCUCGGCUGGGGGUACCGAGUGUUUGGGGUCUGGUGAACCGCAGAGGACGCGCGCUGCUCUGGAGCACCUGCAGCAGAAGAUUCUGAAGGUCACUGAGCAGAUUCGCGUGGAGCAGGAGGCCCGAGAUGACAACGUUGCUGAGUACCUGAAGUUGGCCCACAACGCGGACAAACAGCAGGCGUCCAGGAUCAAGCAGGUGUUUGAGAAGAAGAACCAGAAAUCAGCACAGACCAUCGCACACUUGCACAAGAAACUAGAGCAUUAUCACAAGAAGUUAAAGGAGAUAGAACAGAAUGGGCCAGCCCGGCAGCCAAAGGAUGUCCUGCGGGACAUGCAGCAGGGAUUAAAGGAUGUUGGGGCCAAUGUUCGUGCAGGGAUAAGUGGUUUUGGAGGUGGAGUAGUCGAAGGGGUCAAAGGUGGAGUAUCUGCCCUCACUCACACAGCUGUGGUCUCCAAGCCAAGAGAGUUUGCCAGUCUCAUUAGGAACAAGUUUGGCAGCGCUGAUAACAUUGCUCACUUAAAGGACACGCUCGAGGACGGAGUCGGGGGCCACUCUGAGGACGCCCCCACACCUCGUGCCCUGAGUGGAAGUGCCACGCUCGUCUCCAGCCCAAAGUACGGCAGCGACGACGAGUGCUCUAGCGCCACAUCCGGCUCCGGAGCAGGCAGUAAUUCUGGUGGGGCAGGGGGAGGAGGAGGGCUGCUAGGGCCAACAAUGGGGAGCCCCAGACUGGAUGGGCACCACCACCACCACCAUCACAUGCACAGCUCAUGGGACUCUCUGCUUGAGGGUCUGCAGGAGAUCAAAGCCAGCCAGUCACACAUGGAGGACGCCAUUGAGGACAUGAAGGGCCAGCUGCAGAGCGACUACUCCUACAUGACACAGUGCCUGCAAGAAGAAAGAUACAGGUAUGAGCGACUGGAGGAACAGCUGAAUGACCUGACAGAGCUGCACCAGAAUGAGAUGACUAAUCUUAAACAGGAACUCGCCAGCAUGGAGGAAAAAGUUGCCUACCAGUCAUAUGAAAGAGCAAGGGACAUUCAGGAGGCUGUGGAGUCGUGCCUGACCCGCAUCACCAAGCUGGAGCUGCAGCAGCAGCAGCAGCAAGUCGUCCAGUUGGAGGGAGUGGAGAACGCCAAUGCUCGAGCUCUUCUGGGCAAACUCAUCAACGUCAUCCUGGCGCUUAUGGCUGUGCUGCUGGUCUUCGUUUCCACCUUGGCCAACUUCAUCACCCCGCUGAUGAAGACUCGAGCCCGGGUGGCUGCCACCGUCCUGCUGACCUUGCUGCUGUUCAUCCUGUGGAAGCAGUGGGACUUUGUGGAGCUGUGGCUGCUGCCCAGCUGAGCUCCUUGCAUGGAAGAGGCUCCAGAGAAGCUGAUUUCAGUCCGGUGAUCCCCAUUUGAGGAUACAGAGACUGAAAUAGAAUGAGAGCCACUGCACAUGUUCCCUUUGAAUGUCAAGGUGGAGCACCUAAGGACAAAAAAAAAGGCACUUUUAGUGAGGAGUGGACAAGGUGUUUACAUUGAGAAAGAACAGAAAUUCUCUGCUUGCCAAAUGACAAAAGACAUCAUCUCAUCUCGCCCAAACUCUGUUGGUGUUGAUGACCAAUCAUUGAUUGCAUUGCUGUCACCAAAAAACUGAGUCUCUUUGAAGAAAUCUUUGGAUCGUCUUUUUCUAAUUAUUUAUGAUACACAGAUUACAAAGACUAGAGCAACUUAUAAUGACUUCAAAAUGCUGACCAUGUUCUCUGUAACCUUCAUGUUGAAGCUAUAGUAUACUUGAGAGGAAAAAGGUUUUUUUCAUGAAUGUUAUGUGCUGAUGCAUGUACUCAUAUGUGCACUAAGAUGCAUCUAGCUGGCAUGAGUUAACAUUUCAGUAAUGACAAAAUGAAUCUUCUGUAACUGCCAUUUUGUUUUCAGGAAUACAGUGCAGAUAUGUUUUAUCUCCACAUUACUGGUUUGUUUCACAUCCUGUUCUGGUGUUGGAGCAGUGCUUUUAGACACGCUUCUUUCUUUUCUGUCUUUUUCUUGAAGUGGGAUGAGCUGUUUAAAAAAAAGAUUUAAAAAAAAAGCUGAAAUCUGCAACAGACUCAUUAUAAUAAUUCAAUAACUUCUAAUCUGUUCUGUCCAUAAAAGCUCUUUCAUAACCACUAUAGAAUUGCUACACAGUGUCAAAUGAACGGGCAUGUCAAAUUGUAUCAAAGUUUAUAUCCAGUUUGCAAAAAAUAAUUAUUGCUGUUUUAUUAAACAAUGUAAGAAAUAAACGAUUUCAUAUG